AUGCACCGCAAGCAGGUGUGGGCGAAGCGUGUGAAGAAGGAACGCUUAAAGAAGAAGUUCCUCACACGCAUGCAGGCAACUCGCCUUCUGCAGGUCGACUCUGUUCACUUUCGUCGUCUCUGCAUCCUUAAGGGCAUUUACCCUCGUGCUCUCGCUCGCAGCAAACAAAAACAAAGUGGCAACGACAAACAGUACUACCUCGCGCGGGAGAUUAAGUGGCUCGUGCGGGAUCACGUUGCCGAGCGCAUGAUGGCAUACUGUGCGUGGGAGAAGAAGGUACGCCGGGCUGAGGCGAUGGGUCUUGCUGAUGAACUUAAGGUCCUGAGGAGCAAGAAAGCAAAGCCACAAUACAGUCUUGUGGCAACAAUCAAGGAACGGUACCCUUUUUUUAUUGAUGCCGUACGGGACAUUGACGACGCCAUGUCUAUGAUUGCCCUGUACGCUUUCCUAAGUCCAGAAGUGAUGAGCGAAACGACCAUUGAAACACACCAUGCAUUAACGUCGGGUUUACAUGAACGUGCACGGGGAAUUAUUGAGCGGUGGAAUCGCUACGUUGCGCGGGCCCACGUGUUGUCAAAGGGAUUUAUUUCAAUAAAGGGAUACUACUUUGAAGCCAUUGUGCGUGGGGAACGGGUGCGCUGGUUGUGUCCCCACGAGUACGCGCACAAGUUUCCACCCGGUAUUCAGCAGUAUAUUACUCUCAGUUUCCUUGAGUUUUACGUUGAGCUUAUGCAUUUUGUUUUGUACAAACUAGAGCACGAACUUCAGCGCGACGUGGUGGAACAGCAAGAGGCUGAGGAUGAAGAGAAUAACACACACGCUGAGGACUUCCGCAUCCCUGAUAAAGAAAUGACGCAGUCAAUUAGUGAUUUAAAGAAGGAUACCCUUAAAAAGGGGGAACUUAUGCAGGAGGAGCUGCGGAAAGCACGACGCGUGUUUGACGGGCUAACAUUUUACAUUUCGCGUGAAGUACCGCAUAAACAUGCCACUCUUAUAAUUGAAGCGUGUGGUGGUCGCGUGGCAACGGCCUACGCGGCAGACAACAUCACACACUUUGUAGUUGAUCGACCUGCACUACCACCCGGAUUUGAGCGUGUGGAUCACAUCGAGUAUGUGCAGCCACAAUAUCUGUUUGAUUGCCUCAACGCACGCAUGUUGCUUCCGCCCAACGGCUAUCGUAUUGGUGAGGAGCUUCCGCCGCAUGUUUCUCCUUUUACGGUGGCCAUUACAAACAGCGCCGAGGAUAUUGCCGCCGUGGAGGAGGCGAAGAAGAAUCAUCCAAAGAUAGUCUCCUAUGUGCCGAAGCGGGUGCAUGAGAUACGUGCUCUUGUCAACCCUCAGUACACGCCUUUAGAUCCAGAAGGAAAGGCAUCCGACCUGUUGCUGCACGAUGAAAGCGAUGAGGAGCAUGCACUGGUGCCGGAGUUGGGUGCCGACGACGACGUGUCGCUCUCUGGCGACGAGCUCCUGGAGGCCAGUCACCGCCCGAAAUGGGAGGAGGAGGAAGUCACGGAGAAUGUGCAGCGUAGCAAGCUUUCCGCACUGAAGGUGGCGAAGCAGCGCAAGAUGAAUCUAAUGAAUACACCCACAGACGAGGUGGUCGCACGGCGGCGUCUAGCUCAGUUGAAGUCGCGGGAGUCACGACAGCAGCAGGAGCCAUCGGGGCAGCGUUUGAAGCGCAAGCUGGCGGAGAUGAAGCGCCAGGAAGCGGCCACGCGCAAGAUGCAGCUGCAGGUGGCCCGAAAGAAGGCAGCGCGGUAUUACAAGAUGGUCAACAGUGUCGUGCAAGGCAGUCAGCGGCGUGAGAAGAUGCUUGAGGCGAAGGCAAAACAAGUCGCGGACGGCCGCAUUGCGAAGAAGGAGGAUGGCCGCGAGCUCGUCAACGUCCGAGUGGAGGCGAAACGCGCCAGGGCAGCGGCAAGCGGGAAACCGCUGCGGGAGAAGAAGGCAGCGAACCCGUACAAGAAGCUGCCAAAGUGGGUUCGCUGA